ACGUUGAAUACGGGCAUCCAGUCGUCUAUAGAGUUGGGUUCCGCGGUAAAGGGGGAUACAAUGGUAAGGCCGUUAGCGGCUUGAAACACUCGGUGGGUGACUGUUUCGUUUGCCGACUUGCCGUAUUUGUGUUUAGUGCGACUCGAGCCCGUUGUAUUGACCGCGUGUGUUAUUUCGCGUCCUUUUUCCAAGUUCGGCGAGAAUAGAAUCUCACUUUAAUGAAUUUACUAGUUUUUUUUCUCGAUUGCAUUUUGCGCGAUUAAUAAUUAACCGAUUCAUUUUGCGCGUGUGUAUUUUGUGAAUUAAUAUCGUGUCUUAUGUUUUUGUUUUUUUUUCUGUAUUACCUACCGGUGUCCGUUUGUUAUCGUUUUCCAACGAAAACGUAAGUACGUGAAGUAAAUUUUUCACCGCGUACAUUUUUCGCGUGUUACGAAAUAAGUUCCAGUGUGGUGAUUCGUCCAAUAAUAAGUAUUCGGGUGUUGAUUUUUUUCGCAAAAUUUUGUACCCCGUUCCCCCGCCAAGGUGUUGUUAAGUUGGCAACGUCGCACGGAUGCUGUCUUCGCCUUCCCUCCUCCGCGGCCACAACGUGCAAUUGUUCCCCUUGAAUCGUCGCGCCUCGUUUAAACCUUUUACGGCUUUAUAGUUUCCAUUUCGUUGUUUUUGUUAUAUAUUUGGUAUUUAUUAUUAUUACCGGCGAUCGUACGCAUAUGUGUGUGUGUGUUUGUGUUUUCAAAUGUGAUAAUGGUCAUUUCGCUAUUUUGUCGCGAUAGCCCCCGCUGUUGCUACCGGUGAGUGAUCGGUGUGUGUUUCGUGUGUUACGAAGUGGUAUUUUCUUCGUCUACGAUAGUAAUUUUUGUGUGAUUGUUGUAUUUUCGUUUAGUUUUAUUCGACUAAAAAAUGAUGCGGUGUUGUGUUCGAUUCAACAAUGUUGCUGUGAUAACAACUUCAUCGUCGAGUGAAAAUCCGCAAGUCUCGACUGUGGAACUAAGAGUAUAAAAUAGAUCGGAAUAUGGUGGUGGGAAUGCAGCAUCAACAGCAACAACCGCAUGCUUCUCCGGCUACUGUAUUGGAAGAUGCAACAACUCCUUGCGUAGGUUCGCCUCCGGUAAAUACGCCGUCGACGGUGGAAAGCGUCAAUGGCGAUGUCAGCGACGGCGACGGAAGCGAGAAAAGCGCGACCAGCGCUGCCUCGGCUCCGGCUCCGGCCGUCGUUACGAGUUCAAUGGCUGUGCCGGUGAUGGCUAAUUCCACUUUGUAUACCACCAAUAAUCGAGUCAAGCUGAGAGAUGUAAAUCCGCAUUUGGUGUGUGUGCUGUGUCAUGGGUAUUUUGUCGACGCUACGUCUAUCGCCGAGUGCCUGCAUUCGUUUUGUCGGAGUUGUAUCAUCCUUCACCUCGGAGCGGAAAGUUGCUGUCCUAUAUGCAAAGUGCAAAUCAACAAUUCAAAGCCACAUCUUAGUCUAAAGCCGGAUAAAACGUUACAAGAUAUCGUCUAUAAAUUAGUUCCUGGUUUAUUUCACUACGAAAUGAAACGUCGUAAGCAGUUUUAUGAAAGUCACCCUGAUCGAGAUUUACAUUUACAUCCGGAAUUUCGCGGCAUCACUGUCGACCGAUUGGUAUACUCGCCUCAAGAUAACAUAUGUCUUUCAUUGAAAUAUUACGAUAAAUCUAAAGAAAAAGAAGAAUGGGAAACAGCCGGCUCCCAUCGAGUUAAUUACAAUAAAUUCAAGUCGUCGGCGAAUAAAAACAAUUUAGACGACGAUGAUGUUUUGCCUACGAAACACUUUUCGUGUCCGGCAACUGUACAUGUGAUGGAGUUGAAGAAGCUUAUCAGACUGAAAUAUAAUUUAGAAGACGAACAUAAGGUUGAAUUAUUCUACAGAAGGGAGUCUCUACCAGAUGAAUAUUCCUUGAUGGAUAUCGCCUAUAUUUACGCUUGGAAAAGAAAUUCGCCGAUGAGACUUUAUUACAAAAUAAAUAUCUUAACGACUGUCACGGAACCUGCGGAUAAAAUAGCGAUGGAUGCAGUCGAACAUGAUUCUAGUCAAUUGUCCCCUGCUUCAGAACAGGAGCAAGCUGUUCUCAAAAACGGCAACGAGUUAGAUGUCGAUGAAGACAAUAAGGUUGACCUAAUCAACGGUGAUACCGUCAAACGGCCCGGUACUCCUACAUCUCCCAGUGCCACUGCAUCAAAAGUAAAAGAAAAUAUUGCAGAAGGCUGCAAAGGAACUAGUACAAGCAUUAAUGGGACUGCAAGUGCUGAAAAACUUCCUCUGUUGAGUAAAAUUGUCAAUAUAAACUCGAGUAAUCCUUCAAUAUCAUCCAAAACUCCCAGUGCCAAGUCAUCUCCAGUAUCAACGAUGACAACGGGCAAAACCGCUUCUGCCAAAUAUAGAAAUACCACUGCUGAUAAGAAAGAAGCUAUUAGAUUGAAACUAAAAUCAACGGUGUCAAAUUUGAAACCAAUUUCUUCAGAAGCAAAGAAUCCAACUCCUAUUAGAUCAUAUCUGUCAAUAUCAUCCAUAUUGAGUGACUUUGAUAAACCUGAAGUUUCAAAGAAACAAUUGCCAAAACAUCCUCGUAAACCAUCCGAAGAUAGCAAUAAUGUCUCAAGUAACCUGGAAACACCGGAUAUGAAACCAUCUUUAGUACCAUUAACAUCAACUGAAUCAGUGCCAAAGACUACCUCUGCUACAACUACUAAUAAUUCUGCAAGUAAUCAUUCGAGUUUGGCACUUGAUGCAAAUUCUUUGAAACCCAUUGUUCCUGAAACAGUAGUAAACCAACCAGUUCCAUCAGUAGUUGCAAAGACUGAACCAAUGUCCAAUAUUGCAAAUGCUGGCAGAAAGACGCCUGUAGUGAUUGGUAGAAAAAAAUCGACAACAAAUAGUGGUUGUGUGAAAACCCUCAAUUCUUCAAUUACUCAUGCAAAUUCGACACCUGAUAAAAACUUGCUGAAGCCUAUCGUUGCUGAGCCAGUAGUAAGCCAACCAGUUUCAUCAGCAGUUGCAAAGACUGAUCCUGUGUCCAGUAUUGCAAAUACUGGCAAAAAUACACUGAUAAUGACUGUUAGAAGAAAAUCUAACCAGAGCGGUGUUCCAAUGGUGGUGGUAUCAGUACCGAAUGGUAGCAUAAAUGGUAGGAAAACUCCUGUGUCAUCUGGAAGAGCUCCAAGUCCUAGUGUAAAAAUCUCUGUACCUGUUGAAACUCCUAGCCCAAGGACAGAAGUUCCUGUGAAAAGUUCUGGUUCAAGUACCAAAAUAUCUGCUCAAAGCACCGCUAAUAAAGCUCUUGUGUCAGACCAGAAUUGUGAUGGAAAGACCACCGUGUCAGCUCCCGAUAAUGCUACAAUUCCAGUGUCAGCUGCAAAAAGUACCAGUGCAGAAACUGCCAUGUCAACUUCAUUGUCAUUGCCAAGUCCCAAUACCAAAGUACCUGAGUUGACGUCAGCAUCAUUGUCAAGUUUUGUAUCAUCAUCUUCAUCAUCCUCACCAAGUUCUGGUAUGAAGACAUUGCCGUUGACUUCAGUCUCUUCAUUGAAUUCUGAUAUGAAGACAUCAUCAACUUCUGUGAAUGUGUCAUCUACACCAAGUUCUGGUGUACAAACAUUGACAUCAACUUUAGCACCUGUGCCAAGCGCUGAAAUGAUAACCUCACCAUCGGCAUUGAAUUCUGAUGCAAAACCACCAACAUUGACUGCAGCAUCUGCACCAUGUUCUGAUGUAAAAAUACCUUUGUCUACUUCAGUACCUGCAACUGGCUCUGAUUUAAAAACAUCAACGGUGACUUCUGUGGCUACAUCAUGUUCUGGUGAUAAAACGCCAUUGCUGACUUCAUCAUCUUUGCCCAGUCAAGUGACUUCAGCAUCUUUAACAAGUCAUCAUACCAAAGUAUCAACAUCUACUUUGAUAUCCUCGCUAAAUGCUGGUACUAAAUCUUCAACGCAGACUUUGGCAUCCUCAUUUUCUAAGACGUCGGCAUCAACUUCUGUAUUUUCAUCAAGUUCUACUACUAAAACAUCUACAUCCACUUCAUCACCUGUACCCAGUCCUAGUAGAAAGGUACCAUCUCUAACUUCUGUAUCAAUGCCCAAUGUAAAUUCGAAGACUACUACAGUUCCAACUAUGACAACUGUAUCUUCGGCAAUUGGUAGCCAUUCGAAAACAUCAGCAGAAUUGUCAGCAGCUAAGGUGGUUAUUGGUUCAUCAUCAACUCCAGGCAUCAUUCCCUCUAAAGUGUCUGUCAAUUCAGUUGUGCCAGCACAAUCAAAAGUCACUUCAGCAACAGCUCCGACGCGAACAACCAUUAGCGGCAUCGCAACAUCCAAAUCUGCUCCAACCACGGUCACUUCAUCGAUGAAAUCUACGCCAAUAUUUACUUCAAUAUUGCCAAUGACGAAGAUGAAACCGCCUCCUCCUCUAGUAGCAACGUCGUCUAAGGUACCAAUUUCAUCUAACAAAACAAAUACUACUUCUUCAAUGGUUGCAACGACUAGUUUAGCUAAAUCGUUAUCAAUUCCUUCUUCGACUUCGAUUUCAUUAUCAACAAAGUCGCUCCCUCCGCCGCUUAUUACGCUUACAUCGACGUCAACCACAUCAACAUUGGUUACAUCCAAAGAGUUGGCCGCCUCACAAUACAUACCAGCCAACACGAAAAUACCUUCUUCUCUAGAGAUCUCAUUUACCAACUCCAAAGAAAUGUCCAAGCCAUCGCCAGUAAGCAGCUUACAAAAACUGGUUCAACAUAAUUUCACCAACAAUGCCCCUCUAGCCAACGGCACUCCUAAAAGUAAUCAUAUUAUCGGCAAGAAGUCUUCUUUGGAUGAUAAAGUAGGCGUUAAACGAGCUUUCAUUGAUGACAAGAAAUCCAAAGUAGAACCUGAGAUAAAGAUGAGCAGGCAGAGCAGUGAAACGUUAUCCGUUUCUACCAAUGCAGCUGCUCCCAAAAAGGUAUUCUCGCCUAACAUUCUACCUGAGGUAUCGAUCACUUUGAAUCCACAUCCGGAGCAGAACAAACGUAUUACUCCUGAGACAUCCUACGAUGUAUCCUGUUUCAAACCUAACGAUUCCGUCGCCAAUAAUAUCCCUCCGCUGACUCCUAUCAACGCUCCAAUGUGUAAAAACAUUCAAAAUUCUCCUAUAAAAAAUCUAAACAAGAAACUACCGAGCAACGGAGUUCGCAUCAUUAGAAAUUCUUCCUCAUCUAGCAACAUGGCGAAUAAGCUGAAACAUGGCUUAAAUUCAAUGGGAAAGCAAAAUGGCGAACCAGAGGUUAAAAAGCCCAUGCUAGAAAACGGCUCCCAACAUAACGGUGCCUUUGAAUCGAUGAAUGGUAAACAGAAGUCAUAUUCUCCGGCGGAAUCUGCUUCAAGCCCUUCGAAAUCGACUGAAACUAAGACUCCUUCGCCAACGUCCGUCAGAAAGGAAGCCAGACAUCAAGGUAUACCUAAGCUAAUCGAUAUCAACGCUGCUCAGUAUUCGAAACUAAUCACUCAAGAUGCUAAAGCGAGAUUGCAAUUCUUGAAAAACACCUUGUAUGUAAAUCCGUCAGCUGAACCAGCAGCGAAUUCGGAUAACGUUCUAGAUCUAUCAUCGCCAUCUUCCAGUAAAAGUCCAUCUUCAGAUAAAUCUGAACCAUCACCGGAGAAACGAAAGCUUAUACCUUCUGUGCCACCUCACAUGAUACCUGUAACGAUGGCUAAAAACGAUACCAAAUCUUCUGCAACCAAAACAUCGCCAACGUUAUCGAAAAUCGAACGGAAACCGUCUCCCAUCGCUAAGCUAGACAAGUCUCCGGCUCGUAAAGCCGAUUUUCGACUAGAUAACGGAUCGCCAUCGACCCCGAUAUCCCGAUCGCCGCAUUCGCCGAUGUUCCCCAAAAAUCCCUCGCCUAUGGGACCGUUACACUUGAGCCCACCUUUGAAUCCAGCUCUUGCGAUGAAUUUUCUUCAUCCGCAGCAGUACAGUCGGGAAUUGAUGUGGUUGAUGGAUGCUAUCCAAAAUGGUCAGUUACCAUCGCAUCCACUGAUGCAUCAAAGUCUUAAACCGCCUGCGCCGACGUCCGAGGCUGCGUUUCAUGUUAAAAAAUAGUUAUUUGUUCUUCACCCGUCCCUCCAUCUUGUAAUAUCAAAUGGUGUUGAUCAGUGAACCCAGUUGUUUUGUUUAAUACGCUUAAAAUUACAUUUUUUCUUUCUUUCGUUUUGUUUGCAAUUAGUUAUCGUGUAAGUAGUCGAAUAGAUACGUAUGUGUGUAAGGUGCUUUUUCUUCGGUAUACCUAUAAAACUUGUAUUUUGUUGGUGUUGAAAAUUUCAAGUCUGUCAUGAUGUAUACGAUGAGCCUAUGUGCUUGUGUAAAUCAAUUUUGAAGUUAUUUCUCUAUGUGGAUUAGGUUUUUUAGACGUGACUUUUUUAUUAUUUUUUUCUUAUUGAGUAUCAAUCAAGUAUACCUACCCACGUAUUUUAUGAUGGUUUACUGAAUGUGAUAUUAUUUUGGUACGCGAAUCGAACGACCUUAAUUUUUUUUCAUUUCUUUCACAAUCAAAAUAUUCAAAGGACUGAUUUUUUCUGAAAAUGAAUUUUUCGUUCCCGACCAACUAAGUAUGACGGUUUAUUAUUCGUAUUUUGAUUUCGUGUGUUACAAUAAAUAUGCAAACCGGCACGGAAAAAAAAAAGUAUAGGUAAUUUUUAUUAUUUUAGCACAAUAACCGGAUCCCAUUCGAAAAUACAGUAGAAUUUAUUUUAGAACUUGGUAUUUUCAACUGGUCACACAAAAUUAUUUUUAAUGUGAUGGCAUGGUAAAAAUUAUUCCUCCAUAAUGACUUUUACUGUACCAUGAUAGUAAAAAUUACACGAACCAAUAAUGUAAAAAUUAAUGUGUGGUGAAGAAAGAAAUACUCCACUUGAAGUAAUUUUUACUAUUUGAAAAGUAAAAAUUAUUCUAUCGUAAUAAUUUUUACUAUAUUUCAAUAGUAAAAAUUACUCGAACCAAUUGUGUAAAGAUUAUUAGGCGUUUAAGUAAAAAAUGCUCGUUUUGAGAUAAUUUUUACUGUUUGAGAAAUAAAAAGUACUUGUGGUGAGGUAAUUUUUACUUUUGAGCAAUGAUAUCAAUUUUCAAAAUGAAAUUUUAAAAAAUUAAAAUAAAGGGGAAGGGAUGUGCAAUUUUGAAUUUUUAUUGCACUGUUGGAUUCUACUUGAUGUGGAGGAUUUUUGACAAUUUUAAUCCCUAACGAAAAUUUCCUAACCUAAUGACCUAACGGGGAAUCGAACCUGGUACCCUACGGUUUCCUAACUACCUAACUUGACUACUCGGCCAUGACCACGCUACUUAUGAACGAGGAUUAAAAGAACAUAUUAGUUUGCAAACGCGUGGUGCUAUUUCAAAUCACAUUACUUACUAUUUAUUGCGUGCAGUUUGAUUUGAUAGCGCUUUUUCACAUGUUUGUGUGUGUACUUUCUAUGUUGCUGGUAUACCUAUCAUACUCAUAGAUUUGCCAUUUGGUGUUUGAUUGAUUCAAAUAUUUAUAUAAUACAUACGUAAUUUCUGUUUUAUUUCAUAACAUUCCAGUGUACAGACUAAUUUUAUUGUUUAAAAGCUUGUGUUGGGAAUUCAAGGUUUUUAUCAAAGUAGAUCGUAUAUUUUGUUUUCGCAAUUUGAAAAAGUUGUUCAACAAAUGUUGAAUUAAACUGAAGUUGAACCUGCUUAAAGAGAAAUAAGAAUCAGAAACAUAGCGACAGAUUUCGAAUUAUUCUUGUUUACAUUUUUACAAAAUAUCUACGAAGGAUGUAUGACGAAGUAUAAGUAACAAACUACAUAAUACUAGUCUGAGCAAAAAAAAUUUGUGAAAAAAUUGCAUAUGUAGGUAUAAUUUCAUUGGUUGACAAAUCGUUUAAAAUUCAAUUUGGCCGCAGUCAACUAUUUUUAAACUCAAAAGUUGGAGUUUUCUAAUCGUAUUUGCGUAAUAAUAAGAUUGCUACUCGUAAAUAAAUCAACAACAAAAUCGCGUCGAAUCGUUAAUAUCGAAAAUAUUUUUUGAAAAGGGGGAAAAAAUAGAAAAAAAAAAGGCAAAUACCUAUUCUAACAGUUAGAUUAGAAAUUUAAUAGUUGAAGGAAUUUGAAACAAAACUAAUUAAAUUUUAUUUUUGGAUGGGAAUUCAAUCACAUUAAAAAAAAAGUUGAAUAAUUUUGCGAGUUGAAUUCUAAAAAGAAAAAUAAUAAUUCAAUGCAAAAUAAUUUUGAAAAUACGUUAUAUUUUCAAAUAUUUUAAACCAGAUUAAGCAGGAAAACAAAAACUUUGAAACGGAAUCCCAAUUCAAUCUAAACUUUUUUGAUCUAUAAGUAUAGGCUAUGCUGAUCUUGAAACAAUAAAAUUGAUUCUUUUCAGAAUUCUGAACAAAACGCUUACAAGGAAAAUAAAAAAGGUCAAUUUCAAAAUGUCAAAAAAUUCCAACCUUUAAUUGGAUUUCAAAAAAAUGGAUACUUGGGUCUAAGUAAAAACAGAUGUUUCAAAAUUUAAUUUAAAAAAAAAAAAAAAAAAAAAAAAAUAA